UGGAGCAGGCGGCGCGGCGCACACGCGCACACGCGGAGACGGACCGUCGGCAGCAGCCGGAGCGGGGCAUGCCCCAGUGAGACGGCGACGCGUCGGGCACAACGAGCCGCCGCAUCGCGAGGCGGAGGAGGAAGGCCUGUGGCGGCCGCUCGGGAAUGUCCACCCGCGAAGCCCCGAGGAGAAAAUGAAGCGCAAGAGCGAGGGGAGGCGAGCCGAGUCGCGGAAAAAGCGCCGUGCAGCCCACAACAGCCCAGAGGCGGAGCCAAACUCUGAUAUUUACAUUGAGAUAACAGAUCAACUAUAUUUCGCCAUAUUUCAGCAAAAGAUCAAGAGCACAGCUGAACGACACUGUUUCUGCAUAGACGAAGAGCUGGCGUAUGAGAACUUCUACGCGGACUUCGGUCCCCUUAACCUGGCCAUGUUUUAUCGCUUCUGUUGUAAGCUGACAAAGAAGCUCAAGUCUAUUACACUCUCAAGGAAGAAGAUCAUAUUUUAUACCUGUGGAGACCAGAAGAAACAGGCCAAUGCUGCCUACCUAAUAGGCUCAUAUGCUGUAAUGCAUCUAAACAUGAUGCCAGAGGAGGCCUACAGUCUGCUGGUGUCAAGGAAUUCAACAUACAUCCCAUUCAGAGAUGCUUCGUUUGGAACCUGCAUGUACAAUCUGAACAUCCUAGAUUGCCUCCGUGCUGUUCACAAGGCUCUGCAGUUCGGCUGGCUGGACUUCUCUAACUUUGAUGUGGAAGAAUAUGAGCACUACGAGAGAGCAGAAAAUGGAGACUUAAAUUGGAUUAUCCCAGGAAAGUUCCUUGCAUUCAGUGGGCCUCAUCCAAAAAGCAAAAUAGAGAAUGGGUAUCCUCUCCAUGCUCCUGAGGCCUACAUUCCUUACUUUAGGAAACAUAACAUCACAACUAUCAUCCGCCUCAACAAGAAGAUGUAUGAUGCAAGGCGUUUUACAGACUCUGGCUUUGAACAUCAUGACCUGUUCUUUGUGGAUGGGAGCACACCAAACGACACUAUUGUCAGGAAGUUCCUCAACAUCUGUGAGAAUGCAGAAGGAGCCAUAGCUGUCCACUGCAAAGCUGGUCUGGGGAGGACUGGCACUCUGAUUGGCUGUUAUAUGAUGAAACAUUAUCGCCUGACUGCCGCAGAGGCCAUUGCCUGGAUACGGAUUUGCCGACCAGGGUCCAUCAUUGGGCCUCAGCAGAACUUUGUUGAAGAGAAGCAGAACGGUCUGUGGGCUGAGGGCGACGUUUUCCAGGAGAAGAUGCUAAAUGAACGAGAGAACGGCAAGAUGGCCGUAACCAGGAUCCUGUCUGGAGUGGAUGACAUAACCAUCAAUGGGAGCAACAAGAACAGGGCACCCAAGAAAGAAGAAAUGGAACUGUAUAAUGACGAAGAGGAGAGAAAUGGCCUUACACAGGGUGAUAAACUACGAGCCCUGAAGAGCAAGAGACAGGCCAGAUCGUCUUCAGGUUCACUAUCGCAGGUGGUAGUGUUCUGCUGCAGCCUCAUGGGUACGGUGUGGCCAAUGUGUUGCCUGCCAUUCAAAAGAUAACAGAGAGAGGGAGAGAGAGAGUGGGGGAGAGGAAAAACAGAGAGAGGAUGUGAGGUUUUGCAUGAUGGAGGUAAGUGCACGUCACUUCCUUUCUAGCUGACAUCCUCUUCCUGUAGAAAUGGUUGCUAUGCCAGAGAAUGGUAUGGCUAACGGUAUGGCUGAUUUGAAGUUGUUUUUUUUUUUUAUUUCUUUGAUGACUACAGUGUGAAGUAGAUAUGCACUUAGCAGAUGCAUUACAUCGACACACCUUUCAUUUUCUGCCUCAUAGACACACUCAGCUGUUCUGCUUUGGUAUCGAGGCUUAUCUGAGAUAUCCUCUGAGUUACAGUAAAGAUCUCAAGUUGAGCCUGCUGUGCUUGUGAACGACAGCACCAAUUUUUUAACUAAUCACAGUUUAAAGGAGAUCUGGAUUAGCUGAAGUAAAUGUUUUAGUGCAUGGCUUGCAAUACUGACUUGGCACUUCUCAAAGAAAAUUAGUAAGGGAAACUUGGUCCUUGUUCUGAUCUGCAGUAGGUACGUCCUUAUUGUUUGGUAAAGUAGCUAGCUUGUCUGCUCAACAGUUUAAGUUGUAGGUGUUUUUGGAAAUUGCCAAUUGUAAUUUUUGUGUUAGAAUCAUCUUUGACUGAGGUGUUUCAUGAGUUUAAUUAGAGGCUUCAAAUGGCGUUGCUGGAAUAGUAAACUCCCCCUGAUCCUCAUUCUAUUAUCAAAGAUUAUAAAACAUCAUAUGUUAGCUUUUGAGGAGUUAUUGGGAUUAAAAUGGGUUCUUAUCCAUUCUCAGGAGGGAGUUGAUGCAGAAGGGAGAUUUGCUUGUACUCAAUGCCAUAUGCCUUAUCAGUGUAUACGCUGUUAGACAAACAUCUAAUUUCCAGCUUAACUUCACCAUCUGGCUCCACUGUUUGUUUUAUUAUGUAAUACUGAGAUGCAUGUUGAAUUCCAUCAAGAUCAACGAUUAUAUGAAAACUUUUCUUCAUCUUUUCUGCCUUUUCACGCAUGGCAGCAGGCAUGAAACCCUUGGACAUGCACGCAUGGACAUGCCUCUGUGUUCAAUCUGUUUGUGUCUAACGUAAUUAAUGUUGGGCCGGGUUCAUUGUCAAUUGCCUGUUGUUUUUCCAUUGCUUUUGUGACUGGAUCAGUGGACAAAAGCCAUCUGAGCUUUCUUUGCUCCUUCAGGUUUCCGUCUCUGCCAGCUUCUUUUUAAAUGUUCUGUUUUUGUGGAACAAAAUUUCAUAAUGGAUACUUUAAGUCUUGAAGGAACUGACCAUUUUUAGACAUGUUUUUAUCAACUAACGAUUCGAGCUACUGAUUAGUGAUAAAGUAUAUCUGUUUAUGCCUAUUAUGGCAGAAAUUAUAGUCCAUAAAUCUUUUUAUAGACUGCAUUUUUUUAAAGCCUGAUUUCUCUUGAUCAUUAUA